AUGCGCAAGUUGCGCUCAUCUAUGGUGAAGUUACCCGGUGGGAAGGAAUACGAGGAAGUACGUAGAAUCAUUGGAAAUUCACUAAUUGAUCCCGAUGAUAAAGCCGGUGAUGUACUGAAGGAUGGAGACUUCGUAAUCAUUGGUACUGAAUAUCUGAGCGAUUUGGCUACAAAUGAAGUACAAAUUAUUCAUCGCGAUGAGACAGAAGAAGAGAAGGAGAGGCGUCGCUUGAAUGAUUUGGAGAGCACACGAAUUGCUCUUGAGAAGUUGGACAAACCAAGAAAGAUUAAAUUUGACUUUGAUCCCUCACCAGAAGUCCCUCUAAUGGAUAAACCCACAAAAUUGUUGGUUUUGGAUGGUGCUAGUCUAACUCCUGCUGAUCUGGUGAAAUGCGAAAGAGGUGAAUGUGUUCUACAGCUUUCUACCGAUGCAGAAGAAAGAGUCCGUAAAGGUCGCGCACUACUGGAAAAGAUAGCUACUGAGCAUAGAGGUAAGUUGAAUCUAAUCCGAUCUCAUGCCACCGCCUACGGACAGCCUUUGCAUCCAUCAAAGGCUAGAAUGCUCUUAGCCCUCAGGAUCAACGUGUUGGCCAAGGGUUAUAGCGGAAUAUCGCUGGAAAACCUUAAGAAAAUGAUAGCGGCAUUCAAUGCAUUCUGCGUAUCCUAUGUGCCUCAACAGGGUACAGUUGGGUGCAGUGGAGAUCUCGCACCAUUAGCUCAUCUCGCUCUUGGCCUCUUGGGUGAAGGUAAAAUGUGGAGCCCUAGCACUGGGUAAGU